AUGACGACACCUGUAACACAAAUCGCCCCCUAUGACCAAUGGCCUCAGUGUGCCUUUUACUGCGGGCCUGUCCACGACGCCGAAGGCGGGUGCGUCGACCCCGUCCUUCCGGGAGCCGACGAAGCGUCGGCAAAUGCGUGCUUCUGCGGUAAUUCCGCGUUGUUUGGCUUCAAGGCGGGACUCCACAACGUAUGCGACAACAUUUGCAAGGGAGCCGGCGAGGACCAGACUGCCGCUCUCGUCACGAUACAAAAUUGGUACGCCGACACUUGCAACCUCCCGGAAAAGUUUAGUGCCCAGAACCAGGGAUCGACUUCUGCAGCGACUGGAAAUACCGCCGACACAAAUACCGGGGACACGAAUACCGCCGACACGGGCACGAGCAUCGGGACGUCCUCUGGUGCAAUCCCCGUCCAAGCCGGGACUGGAGGCACAUGGCUGGAAAAUCACCUCCGGUGGAUCAUCAUGGCCAUCGUCAUUGUCGUAGGCAUCAUUGUCAUCUGGAUAGGCGCCUGCCUCUGGCGCCGCCACUACCUCAAGAAGAAGGAACGCCAAAAAGGUCUAGGAAAGCUCCCCGCCCACGACUCCUGGGGCCCCGGCGCCGCUCCUCCCGACCACCAUGGCGCUCCCGCUCCGGGGUUGUUCCUACCCCCCGGCACCCACCGCACAUCUAACCGCGGGUCUACCCACGGCUCCCAAACAACAACCGAGAAGACAACCCCGCCCCCGCCCGCAGCGUCACGGAGCAGGUCACCGAAACUAAGAAAGUGGGUGUCGGGGGACAAGGUAUGA